UGUGACAGAACUACAUUACCCAGCAGGCUUUGCGACAAGAGAGACCUGUCGCAUAGCAACGCAUCGAAUCUCCAAACUUACAGGAGGCUGCAGGCCGGGUCAUUUUGGUUAAAGAGUACCUCUGCUGAGCGGAUAGAAGAUUGAAACAUGGACGAAACUCACACGGAGGAUGAACCAGCCCCGGAAGAGCAGCAAACCCAGCAGGUUGUUGAGGUGGAGGAGGCUGCAGGGAAGCAGCUCCCGGUGGACAUGUUCUAUGACUAUGUCGAGCUGGAGUCCAAGGCUUCCAUCAGCCCAGAGUCUGGAAUCCCUAUCAACCUGCUGCACCUGUCUCACUCAUUUGGCUAUGACUGUAAGCGCAGAUGUAACCUGCAGCUGUUGGACGAGCAGACAUUGGUGUAUGUGGCAGGGAACAUCCUGGUUCUGCAAGACCUGAUCUCCAGGCAGCAAAGGUACCUGCGCUCCAGCGGGGGAGGAGGCAUUGGAGCCAUCACUACUCAUCCAAACAAGCAGUACUUUGCUGUGGGAGAAAAAGGAAACCACCCAGAUAUUAUCAUUUACGAAUACCCUUCCUUAAGGCCUUAUCGCAUCCUGAGAGGCGGGACUGAACAGGCCUACUGUCACCUGGACUGGAGUGCAGAUGGAGAGCUGCUGGCCAGUGUGGGCGCGUCCCCGGACUACAUGUUGACCCUGUGGGACUGGAGGCAGGAGGACGUGAUGCUGAGCUGUAAGGCUGUGUCCCAGGACGUGUACAGGGUCAGCUUCUCCCCUCACAACCCAGGACAGCUCACCUCCUGCGGCUCGGGACACAUCAAGUUCUGGAAGAUGGCCAGCUCAUUCACGGGCCUCAAACUCCAAGGCCUCAUGGGACAUUUUGGAAAGACCACAGCCACUGAUAUUGAGAGCUACGUGGUUCUACCAGAUGGGAAGGUGGUGUCGGGUUCAGAUUGGGGGAACCUACUGCUGUGGAAUGGUAACUCCAUAAAGGUGGAGAUCUGCCGUAAAGAGGGUCGCACCUGCCACACUGGGACCUCCCUGCCCUUUGCCAUGGAGGAGGGCCAGCUGUUGACCAUAGGAGCUGAUGGAGCAGUGCGGGGCUGGUACCUUGAGACCAUUGACGAUGCAGACAGCCAGGACGAAGGCAGCCGCUUUGAGCUGGAGCCCAUGAACGAGCUGGUGUUGGGCCACAAUGUCAGUCUGAGCUCUAUGGUUCGCAGUGGACAUCACGAUUCCUUCAUCUGGUACGCCCAGGAUGCCAUGGGAGCCAUCUGGAAACUGGAUCUGUCCUUCACCCACACGACCCCAGACCCAGAGUGCCUGUUCCAAUUCCACUGUGGAGCCAUUCAGGGCAUGGACGUGUCCCGGAGUAGCCACCUGAUGGCCACCACCGCGCUGGGACGUUCAGUCCGAGUUUUUGACUUCCUGUCCAAGAAGGAGCUGACGACCAAUCGCUUUAACCAGGGAGGGACAGCUCUGUGCUGGGCCCCACCACAGGUGGAGCGGGGCAGGGGUCUGCUCGUUGUGGGCUUUGAGGAUGGAGUGGUGCGUCUCCUAGAUGUGUUUGACCCUGAGAGGCUGCAGAUGAUCCCACGACGCAACCGCAGAGGAGAGGCUGAGCUGCACCUCCGACAGGCCUUCAAACCCCACAGCACGAGUGUGAGCGCUGUAGCCUAUGACCACAACGCAGACAUGCUCGCCACUGCAAGCUCAGACUGCACAGUGUUCUUCUUCAGUGUGGGGGAGAAGUAUCGGCCCCUGGGCUUUGUGCGCGUACCAGGCCCUGUGCAGGCUCUGGAGUGGUCUCCACGCACCCACAGUGAGAGCUGCCUGCUGGUGCUGUGUGGGACAGGGCAUGUAGUGGAGGUGCAAAGUCCAGACCUGGAGCUGUCUGAGCAAAGACAGACUUAUCAGCUGAGCACACUGUCCACCAAAGCCUUUUGCUUCAAAAGCAUCAAGUCACGCAUCCAGAGAGAGGAGGUGGCCCAGAGACAGGCCCUGAAGGAAAAGAGACGCAGAGAGCGAGAGGAGUGGUUCAAACAGACCCAAAACUAUGAGUUGGAGUCAGAGGAAGAACAAGAGGAGGAAAAACUGCCCCCCAUCCACCUGCCUAAUCCCCCCAGCCCCCUCUGCUGUGGCUUCUACUCACAGCCAGGACGCUUCUGGCUCUCCAUGGGUGGAUAUGAUGCGGGCUUCCUGUACCACUGUGAGUUCUCUGAGGAUCAGGGGCAGGAUCCUGCUCAGCGCCAGGACGAGCCCUUCAAGGCCCUGCCCAUCCACAAUGCAGAGCAUGACCCCAUAGUUUCUGUCACAUUCAGUUCUGAGCAGCACCUCCUGCUGUGUGGGAUGACCUCUGGCUCGCUCAGAGUGUACCCGCUGAGCCCGGGUGACCACAACCUGGAGUCCAUGCACCACUACUGGAACCUGAGUAUCCAUGACAACACCUAUGGCGCUCUGCGGCACUUGCGUGUCAGCCAUGAUGAGCUGUUUGUCCUGACGGCUGGAGAUGAUGGGAACAUCUUCAGCUUCAGUCUGCUACCUCCUGAGAAGCGGCCUCAACAUGUCCCUCACACUAAAGUGCCCUCCCCCCAGACUGGUUUGGAGCAUGAGGAAGUGGCCCAAGACAUAGACAACCCCUCUGCUUACAGCAUUGAGAUGGCCAAGCAGAUGCUGGAGAGUGACCGUGUGCAGCAUGUAGCAGAGCAGAAGAUCCUGAGGAAGCGCAAGACUCUAGGGGAUCUCCAGAAGAGUGUCAGACUUCUACUAUCCGAGAACCAGACUCUGCCCUUACACGUGCGCCUGCAGCCUCAGGAGCUACGUUUGGACAUGCAUUUUGUGGAGCAGGUGGAGCGUGUGAAGGCACAGAGGCUCAAAGAGGUGCAGAGGCAGCAGGGCUGGGAGGAGGAGCACAGCCACCAUGCUCUGGAGAAACUGCACAAUUGGUUUAAAGACUCCAGUGUGUUAACAGUGGUGGGCAUAGAGUCUGACCACAGAGUAUCCACAUACUGCCUGCCCUCUGUGCCUGUGACCUGCCAGGCCUCAGCCAGGAGAGCCAGUCACAGCAGCUCCAGGAGUUCCACCAGCACUGAGGUCUGCAAAGGGCAGGCCAAGUCAGGCAGAGGGGCUGCUACCAUCACAGACGAGGAGGUGUUACACACAGCUCCUCUCGUGCCCCGGCCUCCUGCUGUCAAAUUGGCCAAUCGGCAGGUGGAAAGGCUGAAGAAAGCAGCUGAGAAAGCAGAACAAGCCCGAGUGAAGAUCCAGAAGAGGAAGGAAGAGUGGGCACAGAUUUACGCGGAGAAGCCUGAUGAAAACUAUGAGGACCCUCAGGAUGUCCUGGCCAUCCAGAGCGCUCGAGAGACUGUGGGGGAACGGAAGCUCAAGACCUCCUCUGAAUUCCCCAAACAGCUGCAGGUGAACGUCGAGAGGAAGAGAGAGGAACUGAGCGUGCUGCAAGAGGCGAUGCGGUGCAGACAGUCGGGGAUGAACACUCGGAUCAUAGCUUUACGGGACUCUAAGCUUCAGCUGGUGGCUCGACUCCACGCUUUGAGCACAGAGCUGCAGAGGAUCCAGCGGAGGCUCCCAGCAGAGUCCCACCUGCACUGCCCUGCCCUGCCCCAUGUGUUGCCAGAGGAGACCCCCGAGAAGAGGCAGCAGUAUACCCAUGCUACUCUGCUCAAUUACAAGCAGCUGAGGGACCACUGGGCCGCAGUCAAGGAGCAGGACCAGGAUGAAGCCUCUGACAUUCUGCAGCAGUUGGAGAAAAAUCUGCGGGAAGGUCAACACCCUGGCGGCCAGUCAGACACCACAGAAGAGACCACCAGUCAGUUAGAUGCAGACCUGGAGCUAGAAGAGAAGGGGCUAGUGGAAAAUACUUGGAAUAUGGAAAAGGAGUUGCAGAUGGAAGAGCAGAUCAGGCUUCUGUAUCAACAGGACUGUAUAAUAGAGCAGAUGCAGAGCGAGGUGUUGGAGUGGGAUGCAGCUCUGCGGAUGAUCCUUCAUGAGAAACUGGCUCUGGACCAGCAGCUGAAGCUGGCAGACCUCCGACAGAUCACUCUGCUGCAGGAGCUUCUGCUGUUCAAGCAGUUUGAGGGGGAAAAGGAGAGUCUGCAGAGCAAGCUGAGCGUCAAAGCAGAGGAAGAGGAGGCCAUCAUGUUGAGACUGGAGGAGCUGAAGGAGCAGCUGGAGUCAAAGCUGCAGUACAUCACCAAACUUCAGGAGCGAGAGAAGGCCCUGACCACCACAUUCAUUGCCACACUGGGAGACAACAACAAGUUUGAGGAGUUCCUCACCAGAGUCUUCAACAAGAAGCACAAGAGGCUCAAGAAGAAGACUGCAGUGGAUGCAGAACAGGGGGCAGACAGCGAGGAGGACGAAGAUGAGGAGUGGGAUGAUGACGAUGAAGGUCUUGAUAUGUGUCCUCCCGACUGUGAGCAAGCUCUAUUUGAGAACACGUUGCAGCUGAGAGAGCGCAGACUGGACCUGCAGGAGCAGCUACAGGAGGAGAGUAGGAGUGCUGAGGCUCUGAAGAAGGAUUUUGAGACCCUCGCUAAUAAAGGGACGAGUGUGAGGAACAACCGCAAAGCAGUAGAGGACGACCUUGAGCUGAUGGACCGAGAGAAGCAGCAGAAGAUGAACGAGCUGGAUGUGGUGGUGCCUCUGCGCCUGCACCAGAUGGGCGUAGAGCUGUGGACUGACCUAAGCCAGGUUCUGGUGCUGGAGCGCACUGAGCUCCAGCGUCUCCAGGACAGGAUCCCAGAGCUGCAGCGCGAGAAGGGCCAGCAGAGGGAGCUGUUCCACCAGGCUCGGCAGCAGUACGCCCGGCUGCAGCAGGACAACACAGACAUGAAGGCCAACAUCCAGGUGCUGAAGAGAAGAUGCAGUGACCUGAUGAUGAAGAAGUUUGGGCGGAUCGUGGACUUGGAGGCUCUGCAGACCCUCUCAGGGAACAGGGUCCUGGAAGAGCUCAAACAGGACCAACUACUGCGGGACAACAAGUACACUCGUGAGAUCUACCAGUGGGAUCUGAAGGUUCUGGAGGCUCGUGACGCUCUCAUGAAGGCCACAAAGAGUAACACAGAGACCAUGCUCAGCAUGACCCAAUUCCUCAAUGAGAAGAAGGAUUCUGAGCAAAAGAUCAAAGCUUGGCAGAAAAGGAUGGGUAAACAGCUGGAGGACAGCCAGAGCCGCAGUGACAGGCAGGACAUAGUGCAUCUACAGGAGGUGGUGAAGGCCCAGGUGGAGCAGGCUGCUGCUCUGAACAGAGAAAUCCAGCUGCUGUCCCGCAAAGGAGGACAUAUUCUGCCUCCUGGCCCUGUCCCCCCAGCCCUCAGACCCCAGCCUUCAGUCUCCGCCCCUUGCACAUCACACACACACACACACCAGCAUGAGCCACUGUGACAGGCCUGAGGCAGAACUACACUUUUGCUCAUGUUUGAUUGUGUUGGUUUUGGAGCGCAUGCCCCUAUGUGACCUCCUGCUGUCCUCCAGGGGGCAGUGCAUAUCAGGCCACUGUGUUCGACUGUGAUAAACUACUGCACCCUGCUGCACUGUGAGUGGACAAUCCAUGAAAUCUAAAACUGUUUUUGAAAUACAUUUUAAUAUUGCAAUAUAGAUAUAUCCAACAAGAUAAAAGUGGCUUACGUUGCUUUGUCACUUAUGUUGCACUGAGAACAUAAUUCACUGGAAAUGCUCAAUUGUCUGAAAUGAAUAGUGAAAGAAUAAAUAUUGAAAUUGUAAAUGGAUCCUUGAGCUUUGACCUUUGUAGCAAAAAAGAAAAAGAGAGACAGAAAAGAAACAGUUCUACUUUGUAAGACUUUUUACACAAG